AUGUUGAUCAUGAAGGCUGUCGCUGCGAUUCUUCUUGUCGUCUUGGCCCCGUCUUGUCAUGCUUUCUCAAUCAGUGGCUUCUUCGGAUCUGUCUCAAACCACGCCAAGGAAAAUAUCGAGCAAAAGAAAACCCAGGUCACAAACAACAUCGAUCUCAUGCAUGGACACAUGAAGGACUUCAAGCAGGCUUCACUUAAUGGUGACGUCCUUGGGGCUGUUCAGUUGUCAUCCAAGAACUCAGUGAACAUGGCAAAAACUAUGGCUGUGCAAGCAAUACAAAAUACUGUUAAAUACGCUCAUGAUGCAGUUGAAGACCUAAAGUAUCUAAUUCCGUUCAAACCGUCAAAGAAACCACCUAGCAUGGGCAAAGUACCUAAACCAACAACAGGACCACCAAAAUAUUCCAUUGUUUCUGAAAAUAAUAAUAAACCAACAAAAGGAAAAGGAUCUCCUGCUUCACACAAAACUUUGGAAUGGAAAGCCGGUUUUAAUUCCAAAGUUACGAUAAGUACCGAAGGAACGAUUAAUGCAACUAAAGUACCUCCUGAACAAAAAAUGCCUAAUCCUUCAAAAGAAUCAACAGCUAAACUAGAAAUGUCUCUUACUAAUCCAACAAAAGAAAAAAGCUCGGUUUCAAUCGAAAAUGAAAAAAACAAUGCUCAUACUAGCUCGCCCACUGUUUCUGAAAAUAAAGAUACUGAACAACACUCUGCAAUUGUUGCUGAAAAAAUAAGCACAGAAAAGCAUCCCCCUUAUACUGAAGAAAGUACACCAAUAAAUCCGGAAACUACUACAGUUGCUGAAAAUCACUCAUCAUCACCAUACCAUGUCAGUAUACAUAAUGUAGAAAUUGCACCAACAAUGUCUAAUGUAACGGGAAAUUCUGCACCAGAAACGAUAAUUACUAUAGCUACUGACCACUCAGAUGUUGGAGAAGAAACUGUUUCUAAUGAAAAUGCAUCUAAAACACCACCAUCUACAUUUUCAAUUGCUAAUUCAGGAACGUCUAAAUCAGCAGAAACUGAUUCAGGAACUGCUGCACUUAAUGAUGAUACCUCUACAAGUACUCCCACUGCUGACAAAUUACUUUUGGCUGCUAUGGAAAACACAGUUGGUGAACUACCUAAUCCAACUGCAUUUGCUAAAAUAAAAAUACCUGAACUGGUAAAAGAUACGCCAGCUGAUCAAGAAACAACUGGACCUAAUCACAAUAAAUCUGAAGAGCCAGACGUCAAUAUCUCUAAUAGUACAAACACAACCAUUACUCAAAAAGAAUCCUCUAUUGAAUUCGAAAAUGCAGAUACAGACCAACAAACUAGUUCUACUACUAAAAGCACUGUUGCUGACCAGCAAUCUCCUAAUGUUACUGAUAGCACACCUGCUGAACAACAACCAAUUGGCGUUACUGAAAGCACCUCUGAUAUACAACAAUCUUCUGCUGCUAUAGAAAGCACACCUGCUGGACAGCAAGCUUCUGCUGGAACUGAAAACACAGUUGCUGAUCAGCAAUCUGCUGAUGUUACUGAAAGCACACCUGCUGGCCAGAAAUCUUCGGAUGUUGCCGAAAGUACAGUUACUGACCAGAAAUCUCCUGAUGCUACAGAAAGCACAGAUAUUAACCAACAAUCUCCCGCUGCUACUGAAACAACAGGUACAGACCAAAAACGUCCUAGUGUUACAGAAAGCACAGUUACAGACCAACAAACUCCUGGUGUUACUGAAAGCACAGGUAUUAACCAACAAUCUCCUGCUGCUACUGUAAGCAUGGCUACCGACCAACACCUUCCUUCUGCAACUGAAACUACAGUUGCCUACCAACAACCUCCUGGUGUUACCGAAAGUACAGUUGCUGACCAACAAUAUCCUGAUGUUACAGAAAGCUCAGUUUCUGACCAGCAAUCUCCUGAUAUUACUGAAAACACAGCUUUGAACGAUCAACCUCCUGCUAUUACGGAAAGCAAAUUUGCUGAUCAGCAACCCUCUGCUGCUGUUGAAAACACAACUACUGAUCAGCAACUUCCUGAUUCUUCUGAAAGCACACCUUCUGAACAACAAUAUCCUGAUCUUUUUGAAAGCACAGCUGUUGAUCUACAACCUGCUUCUUCUGAAAAUAAACCUGCUGACCAACAAUCUUCUAAUGUCACAGAAGGCACAGUUACUGACCAACAAUAUCCUCCUCCUAAUGGAAAUACAGAUACUACUCAACCAUCUUCUGCUGCAUCUGAAAAAACUACUACUGAUCAAAAACUUACUGCUGCGACAGGAAAUCCUGCAGCAGAGCAGCAUCCUUCCGAUGCUUCAAAAAAUAUAAUUGAAAAAUCAAAUACAACAGUUGCAGAUAUCGUAACUUCUAAACCAUUGACUUCUGCAUAUGCUGAAAAUGUAUCUUUAGAGUCGGAUUGGAAGACUAAGCCAAAAACCUCUGAAACAACAAACGGUUUGUUUGGGAAUGGUGAUAACUCUACCACUCUUCAUGCAGCAACUAUACUGAAAGAAGUUCUAUUACAACUGGUCAAUAAAAACGAAAAUACAGCUUCAGUUCAGAAUAAUUCUGAUGUUUCUACUUAUAAUGUAACCACAAAUAAGGAAUUAAUUGCUAACACAUCCUCAGAAAUUUCUGAACAUAAUUCCUUGUCGGCUAAUAAAAACCCCACUGUCAUUCUCAAAGCUAUAUUAAAUGAAGGGACAGGAAAAAUAAAAUUAAUUUUGAGCCUAAUUAACAACCAAGGAACACUAUCUCUUGUCGGACUACCACCUCAAGGUAAUAUUAAAGACGUCAUCUUUGAGAGACCAAUAAUAUCCCAAGAAAAUGAAAACACAAAUGCUGAUCAACAAUCUCCUGCUGGUAGUGCUGAUACAAACCUCGAAGCUAACAAGCAAUCUCCGGUUGCUCUUGAAAUAUCAACUGCUCAACAACAAACUAUUGAUGGUACUGAGAGCGCAGGUGGCGAAAAAAAUAUUCCUCCUGCUUCUGAAAGCACAGGUGCUAACCAAAAAUCUCCUGCUGCUACUGAGAGCAUAGCUACCGACCAACAACACCCUUCUGCAACUGAAACUACAGGUGCAGAACUACAACCUACUGGCGUUACUGAACGCACAGUUGCUGACCAGAAAUGUUCUGAUAUUACUGAAAGCACAGACAUUAACCAACAAUCUCCUGCUGCUACUGAAAGCAUAACUACCGACCAACAACAUCCUUCUGCAACUGAAACUACAGGUGCAGACCAACAACCUCCUGUUGUUACUGAAAGCACAGUUGCUGACCAGAAAUCUCCUGAUGUUACAGAAAGCACAGAUAUUAACCAACAAUCUCCUGCUACUACUGAAAGCAUGGUUCCCGACCAAAAACCUACUUUUGCAACUGAAACUACAGAUGCAGACCAAAAACCACAUAGUGUUACAGAAAGCACUGUUGCAGACCAACAAUCUCCUGCUGCAACUGAAAAUACAGUUGCUGACCAGCAAUCUCCUGAUGUUACAGACAGCACAGACAUUAACCAACAAUCUCCUUCUGUUACUGAAAGCACAGAUAUUAACCAACAAUCUCCUUCUGCAACUGAAACUAUAGGUGCCGACCAACAACCUCCUGGUGUUACGGAAAGUACAGUUGCUGACCAACAACCUCCUGGUGUUACUGAAAGCACUGGAGCAGACCAACAAAUUCCUGGUGUUACUGAAAGCACAGGUUCUGACCAGCAAUCUCCUGAUAUUACUGAAAGCACAGAUUUUGACCAACAAUCACCUGCUACUUCUGAAAGCAUGAUUCCCGACCGAAAUCCUACUUCUGCAACUGAAACUACAGCUGCCGACCAAAAACCACCUAAUGUUACAGAAAGCACUGAUGCAGACCAACAAUUUCUUGCUACUAAUGAAAAUACAGUUGCUGACCAAAAAUCUCCUGAUGUUACAGAAAGCACAGAUAUUAACCAACAAUCUCCUUCCGCUACUGAAAUCACAGAUAUUAACCAGCAAUCUCCUACUGCUACUGAAAGCAUAGCUACCGACCAACAACCUCCUUCUACUACUGAAACUACAGGUACAGACCAACAACCUCUUGUUGUUGCCGAAAGCACAGUUGCUCACCAGCAAUCUCCUGAUGUUACUGAAAGCACUGUUGCUGACCAGAAAUCUCCUGAAAUUACUAAUAGCACAAAUAUCAAUCAACAAUCUCCUGCUGCUAAUGAAAGCAUUGCUACCAAUCAACAACCUCCUUCUGCAACUGAAAAUACAGUUGCUGACCAGCAAUCUCCUGAUAUUACAGAAAGCACAGAUAUUAACCAACAAUCUCCUUCUGCUACUGAAAGCGCAGAUAUUAACCAACAAUCUCCUUCUGCUACUGAAACUACAGGUGCAGAACAAAAACAUUCUGGUGUUACGGAAAGUACAGUUGCUGACCAACAACCUCCUGGUGUUACUGAAAGCACUGGAGCAGACCAACUAUCACAAGCUGCUACUGAAACUACAGUUGCUGACCACCAAUCUCCGGGUGUUACAGAAAGCACUGGUGCAGAUGAACCUGGUGUUAUUGAAACUACAGUUGCUGACCACCAAUCUCCUUCUGCAACUGAAACUAUAGUUGCAGACCAACAACCUCCUGGUGUUACUGAGACCACAGAUAUUAACCAACAAUCUUCUACUGCUACUGAAAGCACUGGUGCUGACGAACAAACUCCUGGUGUUACUGAAAGCACAGAUAUUAACCAACAAUCUCCUUCUGCAACUGAAACUAUAGGCAUAGAUCAACAACCUCCUGAUGUCACCGAAAAUACAGUUGUUGACCAACAACCUAAUGGUGUUACUGAAAGCACAGGAGCAGACCACCAAACUCCUGGUGUUACUGAAAGCACAGAUAUUAACCAGCAAUCUCCUGAUAUUAUUGAAGGCACAGAUAGUGACCAACAAUCUACAGGUGCAGACCAACAACCUCCUGGUAUUACCGAAGGUACAGGUGCAGACCACCAACCCCCUGGUGUUACUGAGAGCACAAACAUUAACCAACAAUCUCCUACUGCUACUGAAAGCAUAGCUACCGACCAACAAUCUGCUUCUGCAACUGAAUCAACAGUUGCAGACCAACAAACUCCUGUUGUUGCCGAAAGCGCACUUGCUCACCAGCAAUCUCCUGCUGUUACUGAAAGCACAAAUAUUAAUAAUCAAACGCCUGAUGCUAAUAAAAGCAUAGCUACAGACCAACUACCUCCUGAAACUGACAAUACAGGUACAGACCAAAAACCUCCUGGUGUUACAGAAAGCACUGGUGCAGACCAACAAAGUCCUGGUGUUACAGAAAGCACUGGGGAAGACGAACAAACUCCUGGUGUAACUGAAACCACAGAUAUUAACCAACAAUCUCCUUCUGCAAGUGAAACUAUAGGUGUAGACCAACAACUUCCUGGUGUCACCGAAAGUACAGUUGUUGACCAACAACCUCCUGGUGUUGCUGAAAGCAUCGUUCCCGACCAACCAUCUCCUUCUGCAACUGAAACUAUAGGUUCAGAGCAACAACCUCCUGGUGUCACCGAAAGUACAGCUGCUGACCACCAAUCCCCUGGUGUUACAGAAAGCACUGGUGCAGACGAACAAACUCCUGGUGUUACUGAAACCACAGAUAUUAACCAACAAUCUCCUUCUGCAACUGAAACUAUAGGUGUAGACCAACAACUUCCUGGUGUCACCGAAAGUACAGUUGUUGACCAACAACCUCCUGGUGUUACUGAAAGCAUCGUUCCCGACCAACCACCUCCUUCUGCAACUGAAACUAUAGGUGCAGAGCAACAACCUCCUGGUGUCACUGAAAGUAUAGCUGCUGACCACCAAUCCCCUGGUGUUACAGAAAGCACUGGUGCAGACGAACAAACUCCUGGUGUUACUGGAACCACAGAUAUUAACCAACAAUCUCCUUCUGCAACUGAAACUAUAGGUGUAGACAAACAACUUCCUGGUGUCACCGAAAGUACAGUUCUUGACCAACAAUCUCCUGGUGUUACUGAAAGCACAGGUUCUUACCAGCAAUCUCCUAGUAUUACUGAAAGCACAGAUAUUAACCAAUCAUCUCCUGCUGUAACUGAAAGCACUAUUGGUGAUCAACAAUCUCCUGAUAUUACUGAAAGCACAGCUACUAACCAACAAUCUCCUGCUGCUAUUGAAAGUACAGUUGACGUCCAGCAAUCAUCUGAUGCUACCGUAAACACAGCUACUAACCAACAAUCUCCUGCUGCUAUUGAAAGUACAGUUGACGUCCAGCAAUCCUCUGAUGCUACUGUAAACACAGCUACUAACCAACAAUCUCCUGCUUUUACUGAAAGUACCGUUGCUGACCAGUUACACUCUGCUACUAGUGACAGCACAAUAGCCGAUCAGCAGUCUACUGAUGUUGCUAAAAGCACAACUACUGUCCAACAACCCUCUUCUGCAACUGAAACUAUAGGUGUAGACAAACAACUUCCUGGUGUCACCGAAAGUACAGUUCUUGACCAACAAUCUCCUGGUGUUACUGAAAGCACAGGUUCUUACCAGCAAUCUCCUGAUAUUACUGAAAGCACAGAUAUUAACCAAUCAUCUCCUGCUGUACCUGAAAGCACUAUUGCUGAUCAACAAUCUCCUGAUAUUACUGAAAGCACAGCUACUAACCAACAAUCUCCUGCUGCUAUUGAAAGUACAGUUGACGUCCAGCAAUCAUCUGAUGCUACUGUAAACACAGCUACUAACCAACAAUCUCCUGCUGCUAUUGAAAGUACAGUUGACGUCCAGCAAUCCUCUGAUGCUACUGUAAACACAGCUACUAACCAACAAUCUCCUGCUGUUACUGAAAGUACCGUUGCUGACCAGUUACACUCUGCUACUAGUGACAGCACAAUUGCCGAUCAGCAGUCUACUGAUGUUGCUAAAAGCACAACUACUGUCCAACAACCCUCUGAUACUACUGAAAGCACAAUUACUAACCAGCAAUCUCCUGAUGGUGCUGAAAGCACAGCUACGGAUCCAAAGCCUUCUGCUUCUACAGAAGGCUCACCAACUGACCAUCAAUCUACUGGUGCUACUGAAAGUACAGUUGACGUCGAGAAAUCCCCUGCAACAUCAACAAAUGCUGAAAAUGCAUCUUUAAUAUCGGAUUGCAAGACUGAACCAGAAAUGUCUGGAACUAGCGAAGGGAUGUUUGAUAGCUCUACCACUCCUCAAACAGAUACCAUGGCGGAUGGACCAUUAGACCAAAAUGAAAAUACAGCUUCUUCAGACAAACUAACAGUGAUAGGCAAAUCAGAAAGGCCUGAAGUAUUAUCAGAAAAUGAAACCAUUUUCCCUUCUAAAGAAAAGUUACCGUAUGAAAAAAGUGAAAUUUCUACGAUUGGACAUGAAAAUCAGAUAGGAAACGCUGGUGAUUUCGAAAAGACCCAUAUUUCAAAAUCACCAGCAAAUUAUGGAACCAUUAAUGAAUUUGAAAAACUUACAAUACCAUCAGCUAGUGGAUCUAUUAUUUCUCAUAAAGAAGCUUAUGAAAAUAUGCUUCCUCUUCCGCUCAUGGCAAAACAGGAUUGGUCUAUAUCAUCGUUGUUAAAGAAGUGGUUACUUAAUAGGAGGCCAUUACAAUUUCUCUUCUUUUUUCCGUAUAUUCGCGCACCAAUCAACGCCUAA